AUGAAUACUAAUAAUGAUAAUUUGAAUAUGAUGAUGGCAGGAAUAGCAAUACCAGAUGAUGGAGAAGCUGAUGUAUUAAAUGAUGAAACAUUUGGUGAUUGUGAUUUAGAAGCAAUUAAAAUCAAAUCAGAUUUUGGUGAAAAUGGGGAAUUUCUUGGUGAUAAUCCACCAGGUGAUUUACCAGCUUUUUUUGAUACAGAUGUACCUGAUACCGGUGGUAUUUCACUUGUUGAUGAUGAUAAUGAUGAUCAAUCGCAACAACCAUCAAUUGAUGCUUUAUUAGGUGAAGAUCCGAUGCGUUUUUCAACAACAUCAAUACAUCGUCGACCAGGUCCAUUUAUUCAACAAUCAUCAAUAAAUCCAUUAUUUAAUAUGGCUAUUUCACAAGCACAAGAAAACAAUCGUAUGAAUUUAUUUCCUCAACAACAACAAUCACAACACCAGCAACAGCAAAUUCGGCGUAUAUCACCAAUGACAUUACCACAACAACAAAUAAACUAUCAAUUAUUAAAACAAUUUGAACAAAUGUUGAUUAAUAAACAAGUACCACCACAAGAAAGACUUAUUUAUAUUCAAGCUAUGAUGGAAAAAAUGCAACGUGAUGCUAUGAAUGCACAACAACAACAACAACAACAAAUACAACAGCAACAAGCAGCAAGACUUAUGAACUUAAAUAUCAAUGGUCAUGAUCGUUUUCAUGAAGCAAAUCCAAAUCGAGUCUUAAAUAAUCCUAUGUUAUAUGCUCAACGUCAACAACAACAACAGCAGCAACGCGAAGCAUCCAUGCGUUCAAUGGCAAUAGGUGAAAUGUUGGAACGAGCUCGUUUAUCUGCUACAAAUACAACAAAUUCCAAUAAUUCACGUUCUCAAUCACCAUCUGUUGGUAAUACAGGAAUAUCAUCACAAUUUAUGGAUGCAAUUCAACGUUCGGAUCAAAUACCUAUUAUUGAUAAUCAUCAACAACAUCGUACAACUGAAUCUCCAUCAUCACCACUUGAUACAAUUGUUAGUCCAUCAUCAUCAUCACGUCACUCAAGACAAAAUCGUCCAGCAAAACAUUAUCCUCGACCACCACUUCUUAAUACAUGGCAAGGACGUGGUUCUGGUCAUGAUGAAUUUGCUGGCUUGAUGACUGAUCGUGAAAAACAAUGGGUCGUGAAAAUUCAACUUCAUCAAGUAUCGCAAACACAAGAAGAAGAUUAUUAUUUUCAUAAAUGGUCACAACAAAAACGUCAUAUGCAACAAGUACAUGGUAAUCAAUCAAAUCGUCAUGAACAUCGAGGACAAUAUAUUAGUUAUCCAGUAUUGCAAUUAUUAAAAUCAAUUCAACAAGAAAAAGAACUUUCACAACGUUUAUCUCAAUCAUCAAUUCAAGCAACAUUUAGUAAUGUUAAUCCAGCACAUGCAUUACCAUAUGCAUCACCUAUGCCAACACAACUUGGUAAACAAUCAACAGCAACUCCACGACAUCCAAAAUGUAUUCUUGAUCUUGAUGGUCAAUUUGCAUUAGGUGUACGAAUUAAUGCUAUAACACAUGAUAAAUAUACGUUAGGUUUAUUAUUAAAUAUUGAAAAUAUUCAUCGUGAUAUAUUACGUUUGGAUGAUGAUGACGAAACACCUAUAACACCAAGUAAAACUCUAUCUGAAACAAAUACAUCAGAUGGUACAACAACAACAACAACAACAACAACACCAUCAUCAACAAUUCUCGAGUCAAUUAUUGAUCGUUAUUUAAAUCAUCCUGAUUAUUUAUUUGCUGAUAUGUUUGCACAAUUUAAUAAAGGUCAAAUAUUACUUGAACGUUUAUAUCCAUAUUUAGUAACAGCAACAUCAAUAACAAAUCAUCUUGAAUUAAUGCUUAUACGUUUAUAUGGUUCAUUAAAUUAUAUGAUACGUUGUUGGCCAACAACAUUUCAUAUUGAACCAAUUGUUAUGAAUAUGAUUAGUCUUAUGCAACAACAAGUUAAUAUAAAAAAGACAACAUUUGAACAAUUAUUAUCACACGUUUAUAUUUAUUAUGAUCAAAAAAUAAAAUCAAAACUUUUAGAAUUAAAUUCAACUGUAUCAUCAAGUCCAUUUUCCGAUCCAGUUUUAUUUACUAAUUCUCAUACAGUGACUAUUUUAAUUGAACUUUUACUUACAUUAGAACGUCGAUGCUAUUUAUUACCUGGUAUGAAUUCAUCAACAUUACCUGUUCAAUUAAUGCAACAAUUACAACCACAAUUACAAUAUCAAUUAUCUGAACAUGUUCGUUUACUUGUUAAUGAUUUAUGUCAAGCACUUGUUUCUUGUUCAUCACCAACAUAUACACCAAAAAAAAUGCUUAAACCAUUUGCACAAGUACAACAACAACAAUUUACUUUACUUUGCAAAUUUCUUCGAAUACAAAUACCACAACAUAUAUAUGCUGCGCUUGAAUCAAAACUUAUUUUUUGUUGUAUUAAGGAUAUUUAA